UGUGCCGUGCCGUUGCUCCUCGCUCCUAUCCCGCUACCACUGCCUGUACAUCUACUGCAUCCGGCAAACUUCUGCUGCUACAACGCCAGCAAUUCUUGCCGCGUUCAUCCUGCGUCUUCUUCUUAUUUUUGUCGCGGGGAUCCCCUGAUGUUUAACUGGCUGGGUAAUCGGACCUAGAUGAUCUCCUUUCUUCGAGGAUCCCUUAUCUUGAAGAUACCUCGUAUCCGUGGGAAGAUCUACCUUCGGCGGCUCAGUUGACGGAUCGUGCUUUCGGAGAUGAUUGGUGACUGGUGAUGCCGUGAUGCCUUGAUGAUCGGAGGGAUCUCCUCGGGUGGUUGCUGAAGUAGAAAGCGAGAUAUGGGGUAGUGAAUCUGCACACUUCUUUCCUGCUUCAACCUUCGAAGUGGCAGGGACACAAAAACUCAACCCACAGAUAGGUGGAUGGAGGCCAUUGUAUGUGCAACACAUGGAGCCAUGGGCUCCGCGUGCUACGGAAGCUGGGUGCUUUGCUCUCUGAUGAGUAUAAACUUCUCAGAAGUGUGAAAGGUGAUGUCAUGUUCCUUAAAGCUGAGCUUGAGAGCAUGCAUGCUUUUCUCAAGAUGAUGUCCGAGGUUGAGGAUCCUGAUGAGAUGUCCAAGUGCUGGAUUAAGGAGGUACGAGAGCUGUCCUACAACAUAGAGUAUGGCAUCGACAGUUUCAUGCUGUCCCCGUGUGGCGAAUCCAGCCGCAAACCCCGUGGCUUCAAGGGACGCCUCAGCAGGUGCAUGGAUAUAAUGACAAAUUCCAAGACGCGCCAUUGCAUUGCCAAGAAAAUCAAAGUUCUCAAGCAAGAUGCUAUUGAGGUUAGCAGUCGGCGGGCGAGGUACAAGGUUGAUGAUGUUGUCUCGAAGCCGAGCAGGAUAAGCAUAGAUCCCCGCUUACCAGCAUUUUUCACCGAGGUGAAGAGGCUCGUUGGCAUUGAUGGCCCAAAGGAUAAACUCAUCAAGUUGCUAACUGAAGGGGAAGUUGCAAUUGCACAGCAGCUAAAGGUGGUGUCCAUUGUUGGAAUUGGGGGCCUUGGAAAGACUACUCUUGCUAAUCAAGUGUACCAGAAGCUGGAAGGGCAAUUUGAAUGUCAAGCUUUCGUGUCAGUGUCCCAAAAACCCGACUUGAAGAAGAUUUUGAGAAAUAUACUCUCUCAGAUCUGCUGUCAAGAGCGUGUCAGCAACGAAGAAUGGGAUGAGCAGCAACUCAUCAACACAAUAAGACAGUUCCUCAAGCAUAAAAGGUACUUCAUAGUAAUCGAUGAUAUAUGGGGCACCCCAGCAUGGAGAGCAAUCAAAUGUGCUUUUCCUGAAAAUAGUUCUUCCAGCAGAAUACUGACAACAACACGUAUCGUCACAGUAGCCAAGUAUUGUAGCUCUCAGAACCAUGAUCAUGUGUAUGAAAUAAAGCCUCUUAGUGCAACUCACUCUAAGAGCUUAUUUUUCAAACGAGCAUUUGGCUGUGAAGGUGGAUGCCCUCUUCAACUGAGGGAAGUUUCAGAUGAAAUAUUAAAAAAAUGUGGCGGCUUGCCGUUGGCAAUCAUUACAGUAGCUAGCUUAUUGGCAAAUAAAGCUAGUACCAGAGAAGAAUGGCUGAGAAUACGGAAUUCUCUUGGUUCAGCACUUGAAAAGGAUUUAGACAUGGAAGAGAUGAAGAAGAUAUUGUUCCUUAGUUACAAUGAUCUCCCCUACCAUUUGAAGACAUGUUUGCUAUAUCUAAGUAUAUUCCCUGAAGAUUAUGUGAUCAAGAGGGAUCAGCUGGUAAGGAGAUGGAUCGCGGAAGGUUUUAUCAUUGUAGAAGGUGGACAGGAUCUGGAGGAAGUAGGAGAAGGCUAUUUCAGCGAUCUGAUAAACAGAAGCUUGAUUGAACCAGUUGAAAUCCAGUAUGAUGGCCGAGCUGAUGCUUGUCGUGUCCAUGAUAUGAUUCUUGACCUAAUUAUAUCCAAGUCAAUUGAAGAAAAUUUUGUAACCUUAUCUGGUGACAGCAAACAUAACUCACUUCCAUAUGAUAAGGUUCACCGACUAUCCCUGAACUAUCAUGCUCAAGAACAUACUAUGGUACCAUCGAACAUGGUUGUCUCUCAUGUUAGAUCCCUCACUAUCUUUGGAUGUGCCGAAGCUGAACACAUGCUUUGUCUUUCAAACUUUCAAUCCGUAAGAGUGUUAGAUAUAGAAAAUAGAGAGGUGUUGGAACACAAAUAUCUUAAACACAUAAGCAGGCUUUCUCAGCUGAAGUACCUUCGACUCAAUGUUAGAAGAAUCACUGCACUUCCUGAACAACUUGGAGAAUUGCAGAAUUUACAGACCUUAGACUUAAGAUGGACAUGGGUAAAGAAGUUGCCAGCUAGUAUUGUUCAACUACAGCAACUGGCAUGUCUGUUAGUUAACAGUGCAGAGUUGCCCGAAGGGAUUGGGAAUAUGCGAGCUCUACGGGAAUUAUCAGAGAUUGAAAUCAACCAGAAUACCUGGCUGACCUCUUUGCAGGAGCUGGGCAGUCUGGCCAAACUAAGAAUACUUGAGCUGAACCUGAAUUGGCACAUAAGUAGUACAAACAGUGACAUGAAAGCUUAUGCAGAUAACUUGGUCGUGUCUCUUUGCAAACUAGGCAUGCUCAACCUUCGUUCGAUACAAAUUCAGAGCUACCAUUCUUGUUCCCUUGAUUUCUUAAUUGACUCUUGGUUUCCUCCUCCUCAUCUACUCCAGAGAUUUGAGAUGAACAUUAACUACUAUUUCCCCAGAAUCCCAAAGUGGAUAGUCUCACUUGACCACCUCUCUUACCUCAGCAUCAAUGUCAAUCCAGUGGAUGAGGAAACAUUCCGAGUCCUUGGUAACCUGCCCUCUCUGUUAUUUCUUUGGAUAUCUUCAAGAACAGCAAGGCCUGAAGAAAGGCUCAUUAUCAGCAGCAAUGUAUUCCGAUUCCUGAAGGAAUUCUACUUCACUUGCUGGGACAGCGGGACAGGGCUGGUAUUUGAAGCAGGAGCCAUGCCUGAACUUGAGAAGCUCCGGGUUCCAUUUAAUGCGCAUGCUGUGUUCCCUUUGAGUGGUGGUCUUGAUUUCGGCAUACAGAACCUCUGUUCGCUCAAACAUCUCCACGUUGAGAUAGUUUGUUAUAGCGCAAAGGUUAGGGAGGUGGAGGCCUUGGAGGAUGCCGUCAAGAAUGCAGCUGGCUGUCUUUCAGAUGAGCUCACUCUUGAAGUGAGUAGAUGGGAUGAAGAAGAAAUUGUUAAGGAUGGGGAUCAUAAACUGGCAGAGGAGGUUGAUUCCGACAAUUGAGUGCAUAACACAUCACCGUGGUACUAUUCAUUCUCGUAGGCCACAACUGCUGUAUAUUUCAGAUAUAUUACUGUUUGGGGCACUUAGAGGGGUAGAGGCUGGAGUAGGGAUGUAGGAUGGGCAUGGAAACCACAUAAAUUUUUGUUCUUAAAUUUUGGAUAUACUAGGUGAUUACCCCGCGCGUUGCUGCGGAAAUAUAAAGAUUGAUUAUGGAUGAAUUAUGUAUGAAUGAGUGACCUAAAUCAAAAGCUAUUACUUUCGGAAGUAAUUGUGUGUGAAUAAAAGUAUGCAUGUACGCUGGACCAUUGGAGUUGCAACAAUUAUAUUGGGGUAUG